AUGAAUGGUUUAACCCCUUGUACGGAAUUUCGACCAAAAAGCCAUAAUUUGAUUGAUUUGGAAGAAGAAGUACUUAUUCAAUAUAUACUCGAUAUGGACAAGAAAGGAUUUAGUCCUCGAAUAAGUGAUAUGGAAGAUAUAGCGAAUUAUAUACUCGAAAUGCAGGGUGCGAAGAAGGUUGGAAAGCUCUGGACUCAUCGCUUUGUGAAACGAUAUACAGAAUUAAAGACGUGUUUUAAUCGCGUUUAUGACUUUCAAAGAGCUCUCUGCGAAGAUUCAGAGUUUAUUGAAAGACGGUUUCGAUUAGUAUCGAAUAUGCAGGCCAAAUAUGGCGAUUUACUAUAUGAUUGGCUUAUUAAACCUACUAUUAAUAGAUGGACAGAUAAUGAGACAGAUCUUGAAUGGAUUAAGCACUUCAACAAACAUAUUGAAAGUAGGAAAGUGGGUAGAUAUCGAAUGCUAAUACUUGAUAGACAUGAAAAUCAUAAAUCACCAGCAUUUCAGGAAUACUACAAGGAACAUAACAUUAUAUUACUUAGUUUGUUACCUCAUUCUUUGUAUUUAACUCAACCACUCGAUAUCAAUUGUUUUGAUCCUUUAAAGUGUUCAUAUAAUCGACAAAUCGAGAACUUUAUCAAGGCGCAUAUCACUUAUAUUACCAAAACCGAGUUCUUUCAAGCCUUCAAAGCUCAAUCUCAAACAUCUCACAAUCCAACUGAAGUUCUUUCCCAAUCCACUUUAGUGAAAAGUCGUAUUGCUCAACAUCAAGGAAGCUCAUCUACUCCAAUAUUUGAAACAAUUGCAGCUUUAGCUAAGGGUAUAGAGCUCCUAGCUUAUGCGAAUACGCUUUUAACUGCUGAGGUUCAUAAUCUCCGCAAAGCAAAUAAAGCACUUAGUAAACACCGGAGAGUUAGAAAAGCUUUAAUACGAAAAAGAGGAGCAUUUUCAAUAGAAGAUAAGCAUAGUAUAUUAGAACAAGAAAAUGUAGAAGAUCAGAUACAACACGACGAAUAUACAAAUGAUGGUUCUUCAGCAAGGAGGCAAGCUACUAUACGACGAUGUAGCAAAUGCGGUAGUACUUUACAUAAUGCACGAACUUAUAAGAAAGGGUUUGUAUCUAAAUUAAAUGAUAUAGAAGAUAUAAUGAAUUAUAUCCUCGAAUCGCAGGGUGCGAAGAAGGUUGGAAAACUCUAG